UUGUAAGCAUUGCGAUCUAUCAUUUACAUUGUAGACCCUGUUUUAUAUGAUGGCAGAGGAGGGGGAAGAAGAUAAUUUGAGCUCAGACAGUGACGACGAAGAUUAUGUUCCAUCUGGUGGGGAUGAAGGCAGUGAAGAAGAAGCUUCAGGUGAAGAAGAAGAAUUAUCACUCUUGAAAGAAGAUGAUAUUGAAAAUGGCAUAAAUAAAAAUACAAAGAAAAGAAAAGGAAAGACAAAGGGUAGAAAUGAUAAGGAAAGCUUUUUUGGGAGGAAAAGAAAAGGAGGAAUAAAACUUGAAGAUGAAGACAAGGAUGGCAAAGAGGAUGAUGAGCAACAAGAGUCUAACAUUGUAGAAGAGAUGAAAAAAGAACAAGAAGAUGUCAAAGAACUGAAAGAAAAGCAAAAAGCAGAUGAUCUGUGGGCUAGUUUUUUAAGUGACGUUGGGCAAAAACCCAAGCCAAAACCAGCUUCUGUCCCUUCAGGCCUGGGAUCUCUUUCCUCAGUGACAAGUAUAAAGCCUAAAUCAGUUGAGUCUGCAGCAGAUUUGAAAGCCCCACCUCCUGAAAAUACUGCAUCCAAAGAGAUUGGCCCUCAGAAAAUCACAGUGACCAAAGUGUUUGACUUUGCUGGAGAGGAAGUCAAGGUCACAAAAGAAAUUGAGGUCAAUUCUAAAGAAGGUAAAAAAGAGUUAGAAAGAAUGGAAAAGGAAAAGAGCACUGAUGUCUCAAAACCAGGAAUGAAGAGACCCAUGGGUUUGGGGAGUGUUCUUGGGAAGAUUGGGAAGAAACCAAAACUAAGUACUUUGACCAAGUCGGCAUUGGAUUGGAAUAAAUUUAAGACAGAGGAAGGGAUAGAAGAGGAGCUGCAGAUCCACAAUAGAGGGAAAUCUGGGUACUUAGAACGGCAAGCAUUCCUACAAAGGACAGAUUUGAGACAGUUUGAACUGGAAAAAGACAUGAGAUUGAAGAAUAGCAAAAGAUUUGCCCCUCCAGAUAAAUGAGCAAUAACAUGGUCACAAUAGUUACAUUAACCUGCUCAUGUUACUGCUUUUCAAGUGGAAAAUGAAAGAGAUGCUACACAGUAGGAUCACCUAAGAAUCAAUGAAUUGCAUACUUGUAAAAGAUGAGAGACACCCCUUUACCACCGCCAAAAAGUGAUUUCAUGUUGUCAUUAUAGACCCUUUUUCUUUACCAGUUUGGUCAAAGGUUUUGCACCUUUUUUGUCCAGAGCAGAAAUCAUGGUCCAUGAAAGAUAAUUGAUAUGACUGUGUGAGACAAUUUUAAGGUUGAUUUGAGGAACUUAUUUCCCAAUUUUUUGACCCCAAAUUUUUUAAAGAUUUCUCAGAUACAGAUAAUUUUUUUCCAAUUUUUUCCUGAAUUUAUUAUAGAAGACUUUUCAGCUGCAGAAAAUUUUUUCCAAAUUUUUUUUGUAAAAGUGUUUAUCAAGUGCAACUUUUUUUCAUUGAUACGUCCUUUUUUAGGUGCAUUUAUAUUGAAGUAUGAAUGACUUUGAACACUGGCUGACUGUUGUUCGGCUCCUGGAGCAUAGUUGUAUAGCAUCUCUGCGGUUAUAAAGACAUACAAAUGUAUUACUUGGUAUUUCAUUUUAUCAUUUGGUUAGAUCACAUUUUUUAUUCUCUUCAAAAUUCAGAAUAAAAUUGUAGACACUUUUUAUUGUGCUACAAAACCUGUUGUUGUAGGUUUCAUAUUUAUAACAACAGAAAUUGUCCAAAUGCACGUGGAUGGCAUUCCAUAAAGAAACUAGUGAAACAAGCUCUGCUGUAAAGAAAACUUGUUAUAAAGAAAAAAGUGAUGCUUCCUAAAUGUGAUCAGCAAAGCUAUACAUGGUUAUUGUUAUUAUUAUUUUUAUCAUUAAACUCAAUUGACCUUUUGUGUUAUGCUUAUUUUGUAACUUGGUGAAUACAUAAAACGAAUGAAAAUA